AUGAAGCCGUCUGCGAAGGAGCUCGUGUCAUCGAUACACAAGGCUUUCACCGCAAAUCCGCCUCCAAAGGAUCAAGGCGUCGGACACUUAAAAGUUACAGUGGAUGUCGGUGUGACGGAGUGUCGUGUCGCAGCGAGUUCCGCGAAUGUCAACAACAAACGAGCGUUUGAAUUGUCAAACAACGAGCCUGAACAUUUCGGUCGACGGCUUGAAGCUCUCGGAACU